AUUCCUUUCAGCUUUAGCAGGACGGGGCUUGGGAAGCUUGAGGCAGGAGUAUUGCCUAGAGUGGAAGCCCAGAAAUAGAGUGUUCCCCCCUCCCCCUCAAAAGGCCAGGAAAUAGGACUGAGACACAGUGUUUUUAUCUUACUCCGUGAUUGAAGAGGGACGGCUUCUGAAAAAAUAAAAAUAAAAUUAUACACGAGUUUCUUGGACUAUUCAGAUAUUUAGCGGGGAAAAAAAAUCAUGGUAAUUGAUAAAGAUUAAUUGAUGAUGCUUGAUAUUCAAACAGAAGAUUGCCUUUCGUAGAAAAUAAACAUUGUAUUUGUUACAAAUAAGAUUUACAUUGGAAAAGUAAUUAUGUAUUAUAACCAAGUAAAGUCUGAGGUACCAGUGUCCUUGGUAAGGUUUUAACUUUACUAACUUGAUUAAAGCACUAACAUACUUAACUAUGUAUCUCUAAUAACAUAGGAUCUCAGAACUGUUUUCCCUGCAUUUUUAUCUGAAAUGUGCAGGUUGAAAUCCACACAAAACUUAGAGUUGCCUUUUGUGUGUCAUGAAAAUUUAACUGUCAUGCAUUUUUUUCUCGCAAUAGCUCUUCAAGUCUUCGAUUUUUUUAAAAAAAAAUGGCCUCCAAUAAAACUACAUUGCAAAAAAUGGGAAAGAAACAGAAUGGAAAGAGUAAAAAAGUUGAAGAGGCAGAGCCUGAAGAAUUUGUGGUAGAAAAAGUACUGGACCGGCGUGUAGUGAAUGGGAAGGUGGAGUAUUUCCUCAAGUGGAAGGGGUUCACAGAUGCUGAUAAUACUUGGGAACCAGAAGAAAAUUUAGAUUGUCCAGAAUUAAUUGAAGCAUUUCUUAAUUCUCAAAAAGCUGGUAAAGAAAAAGAUGGUACAAAAAGGAAAUCUUUAUCUGACAGUGAAUCUGAUGAUAGCAAAUCGAAGAAGAAAAGAGAUGCUGCUGACAAACCAAGGGGUUUUGCCAGAGGUCUUGAUCCUGAACGAAUAAUCGGUGCCACAGAUAGCAGUGGAGAAUUAAUGUUUCUUAUGAAAUGGAAGGACUCAGAUGAGGCGGACUUGGUGCUGGCAAAGGAGGCAAAUAUGAAGUGUCCUCAGAUUGUCAUCGCCUUUUAUGAGGAAAGGCUGACUUGGCAUUCUUGUCCAGAAGACGAGGCGCAAUAAUUGUUUGCAUUUUUAUAUAUAUUUAUAUAUAUAUAAAAUCUGGAUCUUGAGUUUUGAAUUACUAGUGUGGAAAAGAUAGCAUUCUAAUGAAAAUCGAGUUUGAUAUGCUGGUUUUGAAAGUAUUGACAGUAGUUGGGAUAUUUUUGGUUUUUGUUCUGCAUCAAAAGGCACUGAUUCCUUUGAGCAAAUAAAAGCUUUCUGUAGUUGCUUCUUUUAACAGUAGAAUGUUUAAUACCAUGUUGUAUUUCCUCAGCUUUGAAGAACAGCUUUUCUUAAAUGCUGGGGAGAUUUUACAGUCAUUACUCAAUCAGAACUUAUUUUUAACUGGGACACAGAAGGACCAUUCUGGGUUUUUUGUUUGUAAGCUUGUGUGUGCAUAAGACCCUUAUGUAACUGUUUUUCAUUUUGUCUUGUUUUUAAUACUCAAAAACUGUAGAUGAAAACAUGUGUUGAGAUUCCUCCCUUGUGAACAUUUUCCUGAAACCAUAACCUUUCAGAUCAAGUAGACAGUUCUGUAAUUCACUGGAUAGUUUUAAAGCAUCCACAUCAGAAUUUAUCUAUUAUCACAUACAGUAGUUUGUUUACAAAAUUUUGUCCUUACAAACUACCCCUUCAGAAAAUGGAAUUAGACAAAGUAGCAGUAUGACUUAAUAAUAACAAGACUUAUGCUGGGUGAGGUGGCAUGUGCCUUUAAUCCCAGCACUUUGGAGGCAGGUGGGUCUCUGAUUUAGACUAGAUCAGCCAGGUUUAUUGAGUUUCAGGUCAGCCAGGGCUGUGCAGAGAAUCCCUGUCUCUAAAAAUUAAGCAAAAAGACAACUAAGCAUGUAGGGUUCCUCUAGUGAACCAUUCCUUUGUAGAAAGUUGAAAUCUACUAAAAGGUUAUGAAGUUUGGAAUAUCUGUUUGCUGUGGAAAUAGAAUCAUGGUUAGAGAUGAUGUUGGCAAUUUCAGAUCUACUGACAUAAAUGAACAAAAUUUGGUAAUAUAAACUAAUGACUUGCAUGCUUUUUCUUUACCCUGUCUCAUUCCUUACUGGUAGGAGCAAUCUUUUCAGUAUUUGGGUUCUGGUUCAAUGAGCCAGAAAAGUAACUUUGUAGUAUCAGAAUGUCAUCCAACUGUAUAUUUACUUUAUUGUAAAUAAUGGUGAACAGUGGUCAAUAAAUAGUUUUAUAUUCCUUUA